GGGGGGCGAGGGAGGCUGCGCUGCUAUAUGUAGCCCCGAAUCUUAGCCGGGGCAACUAUUGCGCCCGAAAUUGCCGAAGUGAACGCAACCCUUGCGCUAUCCGACGUUACGCGUUUCUCGAAAUCGGAUUCGUAACUCUUGAUAUUGUUACCGGACUUCUACCAUUUUUUUUUCUCAUUGUCACCCUUAUUGUAUGUAAAUAGCGGGCGGUGCGAUAAGUGUGUUAGUUUGUGAGUCCUGAAUUGAUAAGUAUGACUUGUGUGCUCUGAGGGGAAGAAUCGAGAAGACAAGGAAGAUGCCACGAGCGUUCCUGAUCACACAUCGCAGGUACAACGGCGCUGAAGAAGAGAUCGGAGGGUCGGAAAGAGAUUUCAGUCCUGAAAGGAGCGUAAGACUGGCCGAUUACAGCGGCGGUCAGCCAACUUCCGAUGGCGCCAGCGAGUGCGGCAGCGAGACGUCGUCCGAGUGCCCGGAGGAGCUGUACAACCUAACGAAGCUGGCGGAAGUGAGCUUGGCGGCGGCGGCCGGCACCUUAAUUCAUCACAGUAAUGUCAUCUACCAGAGGCCGGUGUCGCCUAGAAUCGCGCAAUAUCCUGCGGAAACGAGCAGAACGCUGGUGUCCCGGCCUGCCGCGCAGGUGGAAAAUCAGGACCAAGUUCUGGGCGAACGAACGAGGCUCUUUUUUGAGCGAAUCGAAACCGAGAGGGAAAUCCUGGAGAGCCGCUCCGGAGAAAACACCGCUCUAGGAAUUCGUCUUUCGCCGCGACAUCCUUCUUGCUCGUCGCAGGACGAGCCGAGUUUCUCAAAAGUGCCGGUCGUCUCCGAUAUUGGACUCGAUCCACCGCCGACGUCGAUAUCUUCGAGCGCGUCCCAAGGUCGCAGGAUGCCUGUCGCGGAGCCCAAGCCGGAAGACAGCGAGGACCACGAGUGUCCCGAUUGCGGUAAGAAGUACUCGACCUCGUCGAAUCUGGCUAGACACCGCCAAACGCACAGGUCGCUGGGCGAUAAGAAGGCCAGGAGAUGCCCGCACUGCGACAAGGUCUACGUCAGCAUGCCGGCAUUCAGCAUGCACGUGAGGACCCACAAUCAGGGAUGCAAGUGCCAUUAUUGCGGCAAGUGCUUCUCCAGGCCGUGGCUGCUGCAGGGACACAUACGCACGCACACAGGUGAAAAACCGUUCAAGUGCACUAUUUGCAAUAAAGCUUUUGCCGACAAAUCGAAUCUACGCGCUCACAUACAGACGCACUCGAACACCAAGCCACACGUGUGCGGUCGUUGCGGCAAGGCCUUCGCCCUCAAAUCAUACCUCUACAAGCACGAGGAAUCGUCCUGCAUGCGUGCGCAUCACCGAUCGUCCGUAGAGAAGCCCGAUCAGGUCGAGCAGCAGACAUUAUCGGUGAAACCGAAUCCUCCAUUGCCACCGUCUAUGAACAGAUCGCAGACGCCGUGCGUCACCGCGUCGCCCACUAGCGUUAUAGUUCCACGACUGGGCGUCGAGCGGGAUCAGAAAAGCACGUCGUCGGCGUUCUCCGCGAUCAUAAGGCACACCAGAACGACGGAUGAGUCCACGGCGACGCCCUCGAAGCGAACCUGCAGGGAGAGGACGCCCUGUCUGGAGGAUCCGGAGAGACAGAGUUCUGAUUCGGCUAAAGAUUCGGAGUAUGUAUCCAGAAUGGUCAUCAGGACGUCGGUAAUAUCUCCCAAUCCCGAGCACCUGCAUCUCCGUUUCGAGAACGACGCCAAGAGUUCCUCGACUGCGUUCGACUAUCCCGAUCCGACGAGAUCUUCCGCCUUCUCGAGACCUACCACAAUGACUUUGAACCUGGCCAUUGCUUAAAAAUCAGCCUACCACUGCUGAAAUCGAAUUAGUUGAAAAAAAUUUAGAUUUGGCUUUGUACUUACGUUUAUUAGAAAUUUGAAAAAUCAAAAAGACAUUUUGAUUCUCUUUUUAAGACUCACAACUAGAAGUUUGCGGGGAGAUUUCAAAAUAUUCUAGAACUUAAGACAUCUUUUCUGUGAAAAAUUGAGAAGCAGGUAUCUUUUGAAUUAUUUGUUGAAAAAUUAUCAAUGCAAAACAUUAAUUUUUUAUAAUAUGAAAGAUUUUCAUGAAGAUAAAUUGACCAAGAAGAGAUUUGUGAAUUGUUGAAGUGAUUGUACAGAAUGUUUAAAAAGAGUUAGUGCUAACAUAUGUUAGUAAAUAUGCCUAAUGAUGUCAAACCAAAUUUAGCUGAAAAUGAAUCAUGAUUAUCAAUGGACACUGCAUAUGCAACUAAAAAUCAUAUUACAAUAUAACUACAGAUAAGAUCAAUGAUCAACGUUUCGUUUAAUUACAGAUUUUGUUAGCAAUUUCGAUUCUAAAUUGAUAAAAUUUGAAAAUAAAUCAAUUUUAGAAUAAAUCUUUUCUCAUAAAAUAUUUGAUUUAAAUCGAAAAUUAUGUCAUGUUUUUAUUAACGUAUGCUAAUUAUGAUUUGAUAACUGCUCGACAUUCUGUACGUUUUUGAUAGCGUUUUCGCAGGCGUUAUCAAGGAUUAUCCUGCAUAAGUCAGUCUUUCCUUACCAUAAUCGAAGAUGAUUAUCAAUACUGAACGAAUGCGAAUUAGCAAAGAAUUGACAGACUCUUGCGUGUGACAGAUAUUAUUCCAAGCAUCUUCCGAAUUAGGGACCAUAUCUAGUGAUUAGUAGUAACGUUAAAUCUAUAAGUCGCCGUGUUUGACUAAGCGGUCUGUCGAUAUAAAAUCGUGCCUUAUAAAUAUAUCGUGCCGUGCACAAUUCGACACGGUGACAUAACUCCGACAGGAUUGGCGUGUACGAAUGAAUGCGUAGAAAGAAAUCUCCGAAGUGUGUAAGACCGUGCGCCCCGGCGAGAGUGUCUGUUAAACGCCAAACUCGUGACCUUACCUAUUUAAAGACAUAGCGUCGCUACCGCGCGGCGUUAAAUGAUCAAAAUUAAUCGUCGACUCGGACUGAAUUGCAGUGCCUUCGUGUUAUUAUUUUAGAAUUAAAUGCUCGACGAUUCGAGGCUCUUCGAGGCAGCUAUCAAUUUUACAGAAUGUAAAUACACGCAACAACUUCCGAAAUAUGGUGAAGCCCAACGAGUGUGUGAGAAUGCUUUGUUCAAUAUAAUCGAGUGGAAUUUGCGAUCGUAAGAUAAGAGUAAUUAAUUAGAAAGAGCAAUGCAACGUUCGAUACAGUUUGUUGUAAUGCGUCGAUAGAAUUCUCGACGGUGCAACUAUGCGUUAGGACGCAAGUGUUGGAAUGCGUCGGGACGCUCUGAAAAGCGAAGGCGUUAUCUGUGAUUCGGAAUUGUGCAACCGGUCGCCGCGGAAGCCGGCUCCAGACAAUGCGAUCGUGUUAAAAAAGUAGAAUAAAUAUUAUUAAUGAUAUUAUUUUACAUGACAUAUAGAAGUAAGUUUAGAUUCAGUAGCUGAUCACUAGUGCAUCUAUGUUAUGUGAUGAAUCCUGCUGUAUUACAUAUAUACAUAUACGAUUAGAGCAUUGUGUGUGUGUAACGUUAACAAACGUUAUCCAAUCGAACGCACCGUUUAGAGCCGUAGCGCGUAGGUUGCCCGUUCUUCUUCAGAAGCAAAGUAAUUAUAGCGACGAUAAAUGAGCCUCUUCUUUUAUCCAUUUUCGAUACCAGAGAGAUUGGUAUCCGAUCAGAGUGUCGAACUAGUCGAAUCCGUUCCGCCAUUGCGAACGCAAUCUGCCGUCGUAAGAAGAUUCUCGAUUUUGCGAUUUACCGUCGCGCGACGAACGUUGUCCCACAAUCGAAAUAAUCAAACGUCCCUUCUUCGGGGAUUCGGCGUACGGUAGGAUUAUGCGCGGAUUAUGCGAAUGGCGGCGGUUAUAAUAAAGAUUUCGUAAGUGUAAUAAUGUGUCGCGCAACGAUCAAUUGACCAACGAAGAUCGAUUGGCGUGUUUGCCGAGGAAUCUGUGUGUGCUCAUAUCAUAUAAUUAUAUCUAAUUGAAAGAUGAGCGAUUCAGAUGCGUGCGUCCUAGUCAUUUCGAUCCGAUAGAUCGCCCAUGGACAAAAAUAGGGGGAUCCCGAUCUAGCGUUAAGACGUAGUCGUGUUUGACCGCACGUUGUAUAUAGCAUUCCCACUUUUACGUAUUAGAGUUUAGAUGCGAGAGAUGUUGGUAUAGUCGUUUUUAGAUAGCUCGAUUUAUUGUACCCGUUGUAUGUGUAUUAUAUGUGCUAUUUGUACACCGGAGUGCCUACGCAAAAUAUUUACCCACAUUUUUUUACGAAUUGUAAAAGUCUUGUUUAAUGAAGAAAUAAUAUACGAAGUGAUAUAUGUAUAUA